ACCUCAGCACUGAGCAUGCGGGAAUCUCGGCGCAGGCGCAGAACCGCUGCUGUGCUCUCCGGUCAGACUCCCGACCCCGGGAGACUCCCGACCCGCGGGAGAACUCCGCUUCUCCGGGUUUUCUCCAAGCUCUCCUUAGUAUCCAGCCGCUCGCAGUCAAAGCAAAAGAAAUGUGGAUUUUCAGAACUUUAUUCAUGGCAAAGAGAAAGGAAAGUAAAGACAGAAUUUUGUCUUCAUGAUGGACCUCCUUAUGCAAAUGGUGACCCUCAUGUUGGACAUGCUUUAAAUAAGAUUUUGAAAGAUAUAGCCAAUCGAUACCAUAUGAUGAAAGGUUCCAAAGUACAUUUUGUGCCAGGCUGGGAUUGUCAUGGGUUACCCAUUGAAAUAAAAGUGUUAACAGAACGUGAUGGAAAAGUUCAGAAUCUUUCAGCUAUGGAAAUUAGAGAGAAAGCGAGGUCGUUUGCUAAAGCAGCCGUUGAGAAACAGAAGUCGGCAUUUAUUCGGUGGGGAAUAAUGGCAGAUUGGAAUAACUGCUACUAUACAUUUGAUGGAAGAUAUGAGGCCAGACAGUUGAGACUUUUCUACCAAAUGUAUGAUAAAGGCUUAAUUUAUCGAUCUUAUAAACCUGUGUUUUGGUCUCCCUCAUCAAGGACUGCGUUGGCUGAAGCAGAACUUGAAUACAAUCCAGAGCAUGUCAGUCGCUCAGUAUAUGUAAAAUUCCCCCUCUUGAAACCCUCUCCUAAGCUGGCAUCUCUUGUAGAUGGUUCAUCUCCUGUUAGUUUUUUAGUCUGGACCACCCAGCCUUGGACUAUUCCAGCCAAUCAGGCUGUUUGUUACAUGCCAGAAUCAAAGUAUGCUGUUGUGAAAUGUUCCAAAUCUGGAGACUUCUACAUUCUAGCUGCAGAUAAAGUAACAUCUGUUGCUUCUGUUUUGGAAACAACAUUUGAGGUUAUUUCAACAUUUUCAGGUGUAGACUUGGAAAGUGGUACUUGUACUCAUCCUUUAAUUUCUGAGAGAGGGUCUCCUCUUUUACCUGCCAAUCAUGUGACCAUGACGAAAGGAACAGGGUUGGUUCACACAGCUCCAGCUCAUGGUAUGGAAGAUUACAGUGUGGCUUCUCAACACAACUUGUCCACGGAUUGUUUGGUGAAUGAAGAUGGAGUUUUCACAGAUGCUGCAGGUCCUGAACUUCAAAACAAGGCUGUUCUUGAAGAGGGAACAGAAGUGGUUAUAAAGAUGCUUCAGGCUGCAAAGAAUUUGUUGAAAGAGGAAAAAUUGGUACACAGCUAUCCGUAUGACUGGAGGACUAAGAAACCAGUAGUUAUUCGUGCCAGCAAGCAGUGGUUUGUAAAUAUCACGGAUAUUAAGACUACAGCCAAGGAAUUGUUAAAAAAGGUGAAAUUUAUUCCUGGGUCAGCACUGAAUGCCAUGGUUGAAAUGAUGGACAGGCGGCCGUAUUGGUGCAUAUCAAGGCAAAGAGUUUGGGGUGUCCCGAUUCCUGUGUUUCAUCAUAAGACAAAAGAUGAAAUCUUGAUCAACAGCCAAACCAUUGAGCAUAUUACUAAACUGGUGGAACAGCAUGGCAGUGAUAUCUGGUGGACUCUUCCUCCUGCACAACUUCUUCCAGAAGAAGUCUUAUCUCAGGUUGGUGGUCCUGAUGCUUUGGAAUACGUGCCAGGUCAAGAUAUUUUGGACAUCUGGUUUGAUAGUGGAACUUCAUGGUCUUAUGUUCUUCCAGGUACUGACCAAAGAGCAGAUUUGUACUUGGAAGGGAAAGACCAGCUUGGGGGUUGGUUCCAGUCUUCCUUAUUAACAAGUGUGGCAGCAAGGAAUAAAUCACCUUUUAAAACGGUGGUUGUUCAUGGAUUUACCGUCGGAGAAAAGGGAGAAAAGAUGUCCAAGUCUCUUGGGAAUGUUGUUGACCCUGAUGUUGUCAUCAAUGGAGGACAAGACCAAAGCAAAGAGCCUCCCUAUGGUGCUGAUGUCCUUCGCUGGUGGGUAGCUGAGUCCAAUGUCUUCACUGAAGUGCCAGUUAGUCCCUCUGUACUUAAUGCUGCCAGAGAUGAUAUUAACAAGCUUAGGAAUACACUCCGCUUUCUUUUGGGAAAUGUGGCUGGUUUCAACCCAGAAACAGACUCCGUCCCUGUUAACAAUAUGUAUGUCUUAGACCAGUACAUGCUACACUUACUGCAGGAUUUAGCAAACAAGAUUAACGAUUCAUACAAGCAAUAUGAUUUUGGAAAAGUUGUUCGGCUUUUGCGAGCAUUUUAUACCAGAGAACUCUCUAACUUUUAUUUCAGCAUAAUCAAAGACAGGCUGUACUGUGAACGUGCCGACGACCCGCGACGGCGCUCCUGUCAGACUGCCUUGGCUGAAAUUCUGGACGUGGUGGUUCGUUCCUUUGCUCCCAUUCUUCCUCACUUGGCUGAGGAGGUGUUCCAGCACGUACCUUAUAUUAAAGAACCCAAGAGUGUUUUUCGUACUGGGUGGAUUAAAACCAGCUCUAUCUGGAAGAAGCCCGGGUUGGAAGAGGCGAUAGAGAGUGCGUGUGCGAUGAGAGAUUCAUUUCUGGGAAGCAUCCCUGGCAAAAACGCAGCCGAGCACGAGGUUAUCAUUGUGAUCGAGCCUGGACUGCUUUUUGAGAUCAUAGAGGGCCAGCAGAACUUUCUCCUUGGGAUUCUUAGGGCUUGACUGGCCAGAUGGGCUUGUAACUUGACAGUUGACUCAGGAUUUUUCUCUAGUUUUAAGACUUGAGAAGAAAAUUGGCAGUGAGUGUAUUUUUUUAAAGUUUUAGUGGCAUCAUACAGUUUUCUAAAAAAAAUGACCAUCUCAUUUGGUUGGUAAGUUCAAUUUAAAUUUCUAAUAAUAUAAUUAAGUUGGUUAAGACUUGAGCCUUGAAAUAGCUAGUAGGCAUAAGAUCGUUGAUCACAUAACAGGAUUUCAGUAAGAUGUUCACAUUUUAAAAUCCACAAGUUGGAAAGCUCGUGACUCCAUUUUUCGAGCCAGGAAGCUGAGGACCCUGGGGCUGCGACCUGGCUCGGGCUGCACAGCCUCAUACUGGGCUUUUAGUCAACGUGGUGUGUUUCCUUUGACUUCAUUAGUUCUGAGUAAUAAGCUGAGAAAAAUACAGCUUGUUUGGAUCAUUUAUAUUGGAAAAAAUACAUUGGGAUUUUCAAACCUGUGAACAUAUUUUCUUUGGGAAUUACACUAACUAGGCUGUCAAAUGGCAUCCUGGAUCGAUCAAUUACUAAUUGUAUGAAUUUGUUAAAGUCAAAUUAAUCUUUCAAUCUCCUGUUUUCUCAGAAAUUUUUUUUAAAGAAUUUUGUAUUAGCUCACAUAUUGAUUUUGAAGAUCAGAAUUACAGCAAAAAUGUAUAGUGCUUAUCAAGUAUCCCACUUCAGUGUGUUUGAGACAGUUCUGUGCAUUAUUUGGAUUGCACCGUCGGUCUGCAUUGCCAGAAGCAGAUCCUUGUUUAGACAGUAUCUUGACCCCUCUCCUCAUGUAGGAAGCAUGUAAUGAUACAGGAGAAAGUGUGGGCUUCGAGGCUGACGGGCCUGGGCUGGAGUUGCAGCUCCACCACGUACUGGUUGAGAACCUCUGGCAAGUUAACCUGUGAGCAGCUUUCCUCACUUGUAAAAUGGGGAUGAUAAGCACUGUAGAUGUUUUGUGAUGAUUUGAAGUACUGGAUGGACAUUUAGCAUCUAGCAAAGUGAAGUUCCUGGCAUAGAGCAUAUCCUUAAUAAAUACUAUUGAUCUUAAGUUUUUAGUUACAACCUUUCAUACUGGUAAGAAUUGAUGUAAUUAAUAGUAUUAGCUCAAGAGUUGAUGGUCCCAAAGGGUUCCCCACCAAACACAAGAAUUUGCAGCAUCUGUUUUUAUAACCUUGGUUUAUGGUAAAAAUUUAAUGGAGAUAGUAACUUU